AUGCCCCCAGCAAAGAGACAGAAGAAGAGCACCGCAAAGAGCUCACAAAAGGCUGCCCCACAGGUGGUGGAGGCGGUUGCAGAUGAAGGAUCCGAGUUUGCACGAGUCGCGAAGCAACACUGGCUGAAGCAAUCCAAGAGGGCAACGAAAGUGAAGGUCAAGAAUGAUGUGUUGAAGCGGGAUAUAUGGGACCCUCUGGAGAAGGAAAAGUUCCCAUCGGCGGCACUCGUGGAGCUGGAAAGCCUGCAGGUCCUGGAAAGCUAUCUUUGGCCCGGAUAUAGCGACGCAUCCUCGAACCAUCAUGUCCUUCUCAUCGUGCUAAUCACCAAUGCGAAACGGCGGGAGCGGCUACAGACAUGGGGCAUCUUCGAGGAACGCGCUGACGAUUUCUCCGCCUUAUUUCGGCGGAUACUCUCCAUGAGCCUCGACCGCUCACUUCCGGUCGCUGUCCGAACCCACAUCCUCUCUUUUGUGAUUCACGCAUUCCAGAGUUUGGACUACGCCAUCGUGCGCAAGGAGUGUGCUCCAUUAGUAUCGAUAUCCAUGUGGCACAACCUGUCGACAGAGACGAAACGGGAUGAUAAGCUUAACGAGUACAGCCAACUGCGCAAGGCUUGGAGGGCGUCGGCGAAGAGAUAUGAUUCUGCGGACGAGCCAACCAAGGCUCGGUUGCGUUUCGACAGGUCCUGGCUAUACACCCUUGCUCUGGACUUCUUGAGCAUGCUGUACUCCGAGAACGCUUCCAAGGAUGACGUUUUGUACUGCGAACGAUUCGCCGAAUUCCUCUCCGAUCUUCAGAGCCAAUUACCGACACGGCGGUACGUCAACUUCUUGUUGCAAGACCUACACAUCCUCCCAGCAGCUGCCUUGUCGCCCACCUUCAACGACGAGGACAACGGACUCCUACGCGAUCUUAUUGCCCUGCUGUCUCACUACACGCAUUUUACGAUCGACGACCAGACAGGAGCUCAGCAAGGCAAGACACAGGCGUACGAACGACAUUGUGCACGCCUUGCAAAGUUACAGAGGACUGCCUUGAAACAUUUCAAGGAAAAAUUGACGGUUCUGGCCCUUUCAAACUAUGCCUCCAUCGACGAUAGGAGAGAGCUCCAGAAUCUCCUUGCACCUCUUAUCGAUGAGGAGAUAUUGCAACUAUCAGCCCUGCUCGAUUUGCGAACGACUUACCCCGAAUCAACAGGAUUAACUGUCGAUCGCAAAUUUUUGCUCGAGGUGUUAUCUUCUACUUUUGAAAGACGCAAAACGUUCCAAGAAACGGCCCGGGAUAUGAGUAUCUUGCCGACUGAAGAAACCCUGUUCGAACAGAGCCUCGUCAGGACUGACUCCUACGAUGGAUCGCAUCCAUUGGCAAUACCGAAGCUAAACUUGCAGUAUCUGUCUGUAGGGGAUUUUCUUUGGAGGUCGUUCAUCCUUUACAGGUGUGAGUCAUUUUAUGGCAUUCGGCGAGACAUUGAGGAUGUCCUGCGCAGGUUGAGGCCGGAGACUGGAAGGUACGGCGACGUGGCAUUUCCGGGAUUCUCCAAGAUGGCUCUUUCGAUUUCGAAGCCGUCAAUUUUAGAAGUUAUGCCUGCACCGGUGGGUGACGACAAGCCUGCUAUGGUGCGGGCUGAAAUUGUCGUCGAUGUCCGCCGCCUCGCUGAUAACGUCCGUCGGGAAUGGGAAGCAUUGCGACCAGACGAUGUCGUAUUCCUCCUGGCGGUCGAAGCUCCAAAAUCGAAAAAGUCGCUUGAAGCGACGGAGACCGAAAAGCUGGGUCUUCGAUCUGUACGAUGUGGCGAAAUUAUUCAGAUCCUAGAUGACAAGGGCCGCGCGAUCAGAGACACUUCCGCCUACUUCGAUGGCCAUUCUCGGAGCCCGGUCAGGAAAAUCCAACUCAAGCUGGAUGCGAAAAUGUACAAAGCCGAUCAACAAAGGGCGUCCGCUGGCAAACCUGACGUUUAUGAGAACAUCAACCUCGUCAUGCGCAGGAGCGGCAGAGAGAACAAUUUCAAGCCUGUUCUGGAGUCAAUCAAGAACCUGACGCUGUCAGAGGUCCCACUAGCGUCAUGGCUACAUGAAGUGUUCCUGGGCUAUGGCGACCCAGCGGGCGCUUCGUACAAGCAGUUGCCGAAUCGCCUCAAAACUAUUGACUACCGGGACACAUUCCUCGACUGGCAACACCUGAUAGAAAGCAUGCCAGGCAAGAUCAUCGAACCCAGCGAUGAUGUUACUGGCAGCUUUGGGCCGCCGUAUGUACUGGAGACCGCGGAGCGACCUGCAAAGCAGCCGCCAUCCAAGCCCUCGAAGAAGAGGCGUAGAGAUGCGGAACCAGCCCUGCUAGCUGACGUUGAAACUGUCAAGGUCUCGACUUACAAACCCCCAAACAACGGGCCGUACCCAGUGGAUGCUCCAAAGCUGAAUGCCGUACGCUUCACUCCUGCUCAGAUCGAGGGCAUCAUGUCCGGUACGCAACCUGGGCUCACCGUCGUGGUCGGGCCACCAGGUACUGGCAAGACCGACGUCGCAACUCAGAUCAUCAACAAUAUCUAUCACAAUUUCCCAGAGCAAAGAACACUGCUCAUAGCGCACAGCAACCAGGCCUUGAAUCAGUUGUUCGCGAAAAUAGUGGCUCUUGACAUUGAUGAACGUCACUUGCUCCGUCUGGGACACGGCGAGGAAGACCUCGGCACAGAGGGCAACUUCAGCAAGCACGGGCGAGUGGAUUCUUUUCUCGAAAACCGCGAUAGGUACCUUCAGGAAGUCACUCGUCUAGCUGCCAGCAUCGGAGCCCCAGGAGCCCACGGCAAUUCGUCGGAGACUGCGGGUUACUUCAAUUCUGUCUAUAUCCAGCCCGCGUGGUCCAAGUUCUCUGAAAUAGCCUCGUCUGAGACUAUUUCAGUGGAAGAGAUCGCGGCGACAUUCCCAUUCCACUAUUACUUCUCCAAUGCCCCUCAACCCCUAUUCCCGCCCGAGGCAGACCGUGACCUGGCCUUGGACAUCGCCAACGGGUGCUACCGACACAUUUCCAAGAUAUUCUCUGAGCUUGCAGAUGCCUUGCCUUUCGAGAUCCUGCGACGUGACCGGGAAAAGGCAAACUAUCUGCUCACGAAUGAGGCGCGCAUAGUUGCAAUGACCUCCACGCACGCUGCGAUGAGACGCGGCGAGAUUGCACAACUCGGAUUCCACGACAAUGUCGUGAUGGAGGAAGCGGCCCAGAUCACGGAGAUUGAGAACUUUAUCCCGUUGGCUAUGCAAAAGCCUAAGGAUGGACAGAUGCCAUUACAGCGUGUUGUGCUCUGUGGCGACCAUUUCCAGAAUUCUCCUGUCGUACAGAAUCUCGCAUUCCGUGACUUCGCAAAUCUGGAGCAGUCCUUGUUCUCUCGCCUCAUUCGUUUGGGCGUACCAGCUAUCACGCUUGAUCAACAGGGCCGGGCUCGCCCAUCCAUCGCCAAGAUUUACCAAUGGCGGUAUAAUAAUCUGGGUAACUUGCCGCAUGUCGAGAGUGCAGAGGAAUAUCUCGUGGCCAAUGCUGGUUUCAAAUAUGACUACCAAUUCAUCAAUGUACCGGACUACAAGGGCAAGGGCGAAGUCGAGCCCACGCCCCACUUCAUCCAGAACUUGGGAGAAGCCGAGUACGCCGUGGCCAUCUACCAGUACAUGCGCCUGCUCGGGUAUCCCGCCUCCAGAAUCAGCAUCCUCACCACCUACGCUGGUCAGCGGGCACUGAUCAGAGAUGUUCUUGGCCAUCGAUGUGCCAGGAAUCCCAUUUUCGGCCUGCCCAAGAUUGUGACUACAGUCGACAAGUACCAGGGCGAGCAGAAUGAUUACGUCAUUCUAUCACUCACAAGGACCUCUCGCGUGGGCUAUCUUCGUGACAUUCGCCGCCUUACGGUGGCUCUCUCGCGAGCGAAGCUAGGUCUUUAUAUAUUGGGCCGACGCGAUAUCUUCGAGGGCUGCUUUGAGCUUCGCGAGGCUUUUGAGCAGCUCCUCCAGCGGCCAGACAAGUUGACCUUGGUCACAGGAGAGCUUUGGCCGUCACAGCGCAAGGUGGCUGAGGAUGCAAACGAGACGGUGGCCGGCGAGGCAACCAUGGAGGGCGUGGAGCACCUGGGCCAGUAUGUGUUUGAAAUGACAACUACUAAGAUCCAGCAGCUGCAAGCAGAGAGGGGAUUGCCUUCGGAGACGGAGAUACAGCAGGUCGUUGAUGCGCAGAAGAAGGAGAUCGAGCCGAUCCCUGAAGUCGACGAAGAUGCGGAAGAUGCGGAAGACGUGUCCGGUGCUGCAGACAGCUCCGACCAAGAGGUUGAGGUUGAGGAGAACUGA